UUAGAAUUUUGGUGAGAGAUAACGUAAACUUUAAGUUAUAGAAGAAAAUGGAGAGAGAUGUAGAUUUGUUGAGAGAGACGCGACGUAAGAGAAGGAAAAUAGUAUAGAUAUUGGUGAUUGGCAGCAAGUUUCUUGUUUUUCCGUAUCUUCAUAUUUUGCCAAUACCAUAUUUCGCCAAUAAGGGUAUAUUCCCACACUUUGCCAAUAAGCUUAUUGACGAAACGUGAAUUUCUAGCCUUAUUGGCAAAAUAUGGAAUUGGCAAAAUGUGUUCAUAUGCAGUUUAGAUGACUGAAGAACAAUUAUUUGAUGCUUUAAAAAAUAUCUGGACAAUACUUUGGAUUUGGUUUUUAAUGCCCAGUGGAAUUUUUGCAGCAAUUAGUGGAGGAGGAACUUCUACAAAUUUUGGAAAUAAUAAAAUGGAUAUUGAAAUACGUGCUUAUCGUUUACAACAAUAUGAAAUUACUGCAAAAGUUUUUGGAAGUAAAUCGUGGAAGGUUAUGUACCAAGCUGUUGAUAUAAACGAAUCUGCACUUCGCAAAUGUGUUGUAAUUAAAUGGUGGGAUUUAAUUGGUGUUGAUUUUGAAGACAAAUUUUCGGCGGUCCUUGGUGCUGUUUUAAUUAUACUUCCAAAAGAUGUUAAUGAAUUGACUAAACAGGAGUAUCAGGCUUUUCUUUCAAUUGAACAAAAAUUUGCUUCAUUAAAAACAGAAUUGGCUGUAUACUUCGCUCCAGACUCUUCAGACCUUCAAUCUUUAUUGACAAGUAUUUCAACAAAUUCGGGCCGUUCACCAACAGCAUUUCAACAAUUAAUAAAUUCUGUGGUGGCGGAUAAUUACCAAAUAAGUUCAACUAAUCCAGCAGUUGGAAAUUUGGCUAAUUCUAAAGUCUACAACGUUAUUGCCCAAUUAAAUGCUCAAGAAAGAGGACUUCCUUAUUUAUUUAUUGUGGCAUAUUAUGAUAAUUAUGGAGUUGUUCCGGGUUUAACAACAGGCUCAGAUUCUAAUGGAAGUGGAGUAGCUAUACUUUUGGAAUUACUUGCUAUAUUUUACCAAUUAUAUUCUUUGCCGUCACAUGGCGCUCGUUAUAAUUUGGUAUUUGUAUUGUCUGCAGCAGGAAAAUUUAGUUUUCAAGGAAGUCGAAAUUUUAUUGAUGAUUUUAAUGAAAAACAUUCUGAUGAAAAAAUAGCUUUAGCAAUAUGUUUGGAUGGUUUAGGAAGAAAAUUGUCAACAACUUUAAAAGAAAAUAGUCAACAACCAUUAUUUAUUCAUUUAUCAAAAACACCCUCAACAACCUCUACAACUUCAAAAUUUAUUUCAACAUUACAAAAUUUUGGAAUUAAUAAAAAGAAAAUAAAUUUAGUUACUAAAAAAAUUAAUUUGGGAGCGGAUAAAUUGGUUUGGGAACAUGAAAUUUAUAAUAUUAGAAGAAUACAUUCGUUGACUUUAUCCAAUUUUGAAAAAUUUGAUGAUGGGGAAAGAAAUUCAAUGUUGGAUACCCCCAAACAAUUAGAUUAUUCAAUAUUAGAAUCAAAUGCCCGUUUAAUUUCAAGUUCAUUAAUUUCAUUUGUGUUCAAUUUGGAUUCAAAUUUAUGUACAAAUUUAAAAGAAACAAAAGAAGAAUGUUCUCUUUUAUUAAAUGAAUCAAUUAAUGUUGACAGGAAAAGAUUGGCAGUUUGGAUUAAAUUAUUUGGAAGUAAACCUAGACCUACAAAUACAUUACAAUUACAAUUAAUUGCAAAUUUACAACAAGUUGUAAAAAAGUUUUCGCAUACUUCGUUAGUGUCUGAAGUUGUAAUUAAUGAUUUUGUUUUGUAUGAAAUUGUUGGUAAGUUUGUUUAUUUUAGAAUUGUAGAAAAACAAGGAUAA